UCGCUCAUCUGAUCGCCCGUUCACCGGCCUGGGUACCAAAACAACAAAGCGUGGCUCUCUACCAACUCUUCCAGGGAUCCAUGCUUGUCCUUUUGGUCCCCAAUCACCCAAAAUGGAGGGUAAUUCGGGCAGACACAGGAAGGGGAAUCGUGGACGGACAGCCGGGUCGAGCCACCCAGGAACGAGUCUCGUCGUUGCGAAUCAAUCGUACCACACUCGGAGAAUUCGCAGUAAAGCAUGGAGGAAGAAACUAACACUGAUAACAGCACUGCCAACAACAGUGCCACUACAGAGGAAAAAAUACAGAUUAUCUCAACUCAAGCCCUGCCUGUGUCGGUGGUCAUGCCCGGGAUUUCCAGCCAGCCUGUGGCGGUGACGUCUGUUAUCCAGUCCAACAGCACCCAGCCGUCGGUCAUCCAGACUACCCCGCUGCACACGGUCCAAGUUCAGGUGACCCCAGUGCAGGACGGAGAAGAACAACCAGCGGUCGUUCCAGACACCGAGGUUGAUCGCAAGAGGCGACAGGACAUCCUGUCACGCAGACCCUCAUACAGGAAGAUCCUGAACGACCUGUCCUCCACAGACACCCCAGGGGUGGCCAGGAUUGAAGAGGAGAACACCGAGGAAGAUAACGCAGGUACCAUCACCUUGGCAGGUGCUGCGGGCCUCCAUGGAUUCCAGACAGUGAUGACCACAGGAGGAGCAACCAUCCAGAUUGCCAACCCGGCUGAGAUGCCCAGCCUGCAGACGCUGACCAUGACCAACGCGGGGGCGCCGGCCGGCACCAUUGUCCAGUCGAUACAGACCCAGGAUGGCACACAGCAAUUCUUUGUCCCAACAGCUUCAGGUGACAUCCAGGCCUACCAGAUUCGGCCGGCGACCAGCCUCCCGCAGGGGGUGGUGAUGGCCAGCACCAACCUCCAGUCCUCGGGCCACAUACACGUCCACGAGGAGGCUGGCCGGAAGCGGGAGCUGAGGCUCAUGAAGAACAGGGAGGCCGCAAAGGAGUGCCGACGGAAGAAGAAAGAGUACAUCAAGUGUCUGGAGAACCGGGUGGCGGUGCUGGAGAACCAGAACAAGACGCUCAUCGAAGAACUGAAAUCCCUCAAGGAGCUCUACUGCCACAAGUCGGAGUAACAAAAAAUCCACGGUGAUCGCCCGGAGCCAGUGUCUCGCCAUUCAGAAGAAUGGAUUUUUACUGUGUUUUUUUAAUGUUUUUUUUGUUCUUUUGCUAGUUUCUUGUCUGCAAAGAGAGUCACUUUGGAGAGUGAUUUCUUUCUUACCUGACAAGCAGGUUUUAUUAAUCAUCUCAGCUGGUUGUGCGUUCCAAAGUCACUGUGGACGGUUGAGUAAUAAGGUGAACCAGCAUCAUUCUUUGGUGCAGACGGGCACUAGCUCAGACGGGAAUAGGUAUGUCCAGAUGUCUCUUAGUCCAAAUAAGCAGUACGUUGCGUUGCCGACAGUCUCGCCGCCCAUUGGAAAACCAAGAUGGCCCCCUCUGUUUGUUGCCUAAAACUUUGUUGUUGCAUCUUCUAGAGUAGGAACGAGUGUAGGUAAAGUUUUAGUCCUUUUCAUUGUUUCUGUUCAGCAUUUUGUUGGAAGACAAGUCUGAAAGCAUUGAUCUGUUGUCAGAAUGUGAAAACCUUCCAAUGUUCUGUUCACUAUGGGUGGAACUGAAUGUUAGGUUGGAAUUAAAUUUGUAAUGUUCUUUACAUGUAGUCUUGCGCCCAUUAACCCUAACAGUCCCGAAUGCUACAAGGUACUACU